UGCUGUUGUUGAGUUGGGCUGGGAUUAGCAGGAGGCGAAUGAGUUUCAAUUUUACUGGAUUACAGAACAAAGAAAGGGGAAAGGGACACCCUGCUCUGUUAAGGGAAAAAGACAAAUAAACUAAGAAAAAAUACACAAAUAAUAGAGAGUAAAACGUGCGGUCGGAGUCCACAUUGUGAUGUGGCGGAUUACGAUGUUUUAGCAGACGGCACAGCUUCAUUGUGGAUGGGAAUUGUGAGCGUUUCUGAUGGAUUAAAACGGGGGAAUAAACCUAUUCCGGGAUUGACAGCAGCAACAAGGCUAUUUAAUCGCUAAUUAAGAGGCAUGGCUCAGAUGAGGAAGCUGGCAUGCGAUGGCAUCAGGACAAACUCCCGGGGCGACCCACAGGCCCCGCUGGUGUCAGCCAGACAGGAGAUCCUCACCAGCCUGGUGUCUGCCCUCGACUCAGUGUGCAUGGCGAUGUCUAAGCUCAAUGCUGAGGUGGCGUGUGUCACCGUGCACGAAGACAGUGUGAUUGCUGUCGGCACAGAUAAGGGCAGAGUGUUUCUCAACUCCAGGAGGGAAAUCCAAACAGACUUCUACAAGUUCUGCCGGGGGCCAUGUCUGCAGAAUCUGACCACAGCAAACGCCCAUACCAAAGACCAGGAAGGCGAUCUCAGCAAACCGAGUAAAGAUGGUGAGCACGGGAAACCGAGAGCUCCAUCGGAUGCUCAGUCCAACAUCUUUGUUCUGAGGAAGAUGGUGGAGGAAGUCUUCACUGUACUCUACAGUGAGGCUGUUGGGAAGAGCAGCCUGGUCCCUGUGCCUUAUGAGUGGAUCCAGAAGGACCCCAGCUGUGUGGUGGCCCACGGUUUGCCUGAGGGAGUCACCCUGAAGAAGCCCUCUGAGUAUGAUACCAAGACACUGAUGAAGAUUCUGGAGCAGAGCCACCGCAUCCAGUUCACAGUAAAAAGGCCAGCAGAAGAUUUGUCUCGAGAAGCCAAAUCCAGCACUGAUGUCAAUCACAACUCUUCCACCACCGUCAUAACACCGAGCAGCCACGGCCCAGGGAAGACUACUGCCCAGGUAGUCACAUCAUCAAGUCCCGCCACUUCCAGCAACUCUGUCCUGUCUAACUUCCUGUACGGCAUGCCCAUGUCCUCCAAACCUCACCCGGAUGGCAAGUUGGAUUUCAAGCCCAUGUCGCUCCUCAACCUGGGCAAGGACAGGCUGGCCAACUGGACAGUAGGGACAGACAAGAUAAGCACGUCUGUCAAGGACUGUGCAAACAAUGAUGAGACGACACGACUACCUGGUGAGCAAGGUCAGAGCCCUCCCGGCAUCCACAUCUCCAAGAGGCUACUCUUCUCCAUCGUGCAUGAAAAGUCAGAAAAAUGGGAUUCUUUCAUUCGGGAAACUGAGGACAUCAACACGUUGAGGGAAUGUGUUCAGAUCUUGUUCAACAGCAGAUAUGCUGAGGCCCUGGGUCUAGAUCACAUGGUGCCUGUCCCCUACCGCAAAAUAGCCUGUGACCCAGGGGCCGUGGAGAUCAUUGGCAUUCCUGACCAGAUCCCCUUCAAGAGACCCUGCACGUAUGGAGUUCCCAAGCUCAAACGCAUCCUGGACGAGCGCCAUGGAAUCCGCUUCAUUGUCAAACGAAUGUUUGAUGAAAGGAUUUUCACUGCUGCUGGCAAGAUUGCAAGGGAGGAGGGCAAGCAUGACCUGGGCUCCAUGCCUGAAGACAGCUUCCUUGACAAUCUGAGCAUCCCGCCUACAACAGCAGAGCUGGUCAGCAAUCCUCACAGCAGCAGAUCAGCGAGUGCAUGUGUGAGUCCCUUGGCUGACUGUGAAGCAGGUCCUUCAGGAGAUUGCAUUCCUUUGAAAAGGAUUAAAACAGAGCCUCCAGAUGGGGAAAUCAUUCAAGUUACAGUGCCAGACGCUGGUACAAGUGGGGAGGAGGCCAGCGAGUCUGUGGCCGAGCCAGUCGCAGCAGCAGCAGCAGCAGCAGCGUGUCCAGCCACAGCCUCGCCCUCUGCUCCCUCUGUCCCCCCUGCUCCCUCUGCUCCCCAUCACCAAAUGGAAAACCACGCAGCUGAAGCUCUGUCACCCAGUGCGGCCUCCCAGAGCAUCAGAAGAUCCUCUGAAGCAGGGAGUUUGGUGGAGGACAUUGGUGAAAUGAUUCUUCAGCUUCGGAGACAAGUGGAGAGCAUCUUCAGCAUUAAGUACGCUGAGGCUCUGGGCCUGCCUGAACCAGCCAAGGUGCCCUACUCCAAGUUCCAGAUGUACCCAGAGGACCUGUGCGUCACCGGGCUGCCAGAGGGAAUCUCCCUCCGAAGGCCCAACUGUUUCGGAGCGGCCAAACUGCGCAAGAUCUUAGCUGCUAGCAGUCAGAUUCAGUUUGUCAUUAAAAGGCCUGAGCUGUUAACUGAGCAAGUAAAACAAGAGUUGCCUUCCAUGCCCAUCUGUGAUUCAGGUGAGGCUCUGGGCUUAGACCGUUCCGUCGUGGUCCCAUACAAGCUAAUCCGAGGCAGUCCAGAGUCUGUAGAAGUUAGUGGCCUUCCAGAUGACAUCCCCUUCCGAAACCCCAACACCUACGACAUCGUGUGCCUGGAGAAAAUCCUUCAAGCCGCAGAUAAAAUAACAUUCAACAUCAAGAGCCAGCUACAACCUUUUGCAGAAAUCUGUAGCCAAGCUUGUAACACAGGAACAGACGCAUCCACCAAUCGACGAAAGCGUAAGAGAGUCCAGGAGAGCAACCGAGUCCCUGCCUCCUCUGACCUGGGGAUAUCAACCAAUCAGAUUCCAGUCAUGCAGUGGCCCAUGUACAUGGUGGACUACAGCGGAGUGAAUGUGCAGGUUCCCGGGAAAGUCAAUUACUGAAGGACGAACCUGGACUGCAGCAAAGGGAUAAAAGGCGGAGUGUGUCAAAGUGAUAUUCAUGACUCUUGACUCCACAUGCGACACUAACACUUUGUCAGAGUGCUACGACUAAACGAUCUCUCCAGACUGAGUAUAGAGAGCUGAAGGUGUGACUCUGUGAAUGACGUCCUGAGUGUUGAGGAACAACAGAAUGUAUGUGGAUCAAAAAUGUCGCAGGGCAAAAAGCUUGUUCUCUGUCUCCCGCCUCCUCACAGCGCCGGCAGGACAGACGUCACUUUUUAUUUUCCUUCUGAAGCUGAUCAUGACGGUAAUAUUGUUUCUGAAAACAUUACUGAAGUCAUGUUAUUUGCCCUUGCAUUUCUGAUGUGUCCAUCCACUGAGUCAUGUUGUUGUAUCCAGCAUUUGGUUGCAAUGUAUUACUGACAAAAAAAUGUCUUUGAUAACGAUCUGGUUCCAUAAUAUUCAGAUAUUUGUACUUUUAUUUAUUAUAUUUAUUGAAAUAUAACAUUAUGUGCAGGGAUGUAAAAUACAUUAUUCUGUUAUACAGCUCCUCGAGGAACUACCACAACGCUAACGCAGAUGCUACUAGUCACUCAGUAACCACAGGUAACCGCUGAAAUCAAAUUAAACAGCAGCAGUGAAGUGUCUUAAUUGGGCGCUGUGGCGACCGCAAGCCAUCAGAAAUUAAAGGAGACGAAACGGACUCGAUGUUUGCCUGACAGGUAGAACCUCUGCUCGCGCGGGCGGCAGGAAGUACCUGCGGUAAACACAAGACCUUCAGUAAACAGCCUUUCUUUGUUAGCACCACAUUAACAACAUGUAAAAUAUCUCAUUUAAAGUCAGCCUGAAUGUAUCAUGUAAAGGAAAGAAUGGUAUGUUAUUCUGCAAUGACUGUCUCUGGACUAACGAUAUUUAAUAUGCUGUACCUUAACGCCAAUUAGGCCUUUGAAAUAAAAUGUGUUGCCUUGCACUUUCA